AUGGAGAUUUUGUACUCUGAGAAGGGUAUCAUUUUGAAUCACCUAAAAUAUGAAUUUGAGCUUCUGAAGAUAUUUGAGCUGAAAAAUUGUAAGGCUGCAAUCCCACCUGCUGAAGCGAAUCACAAGUUGGAUUCUGAUGUUGAGGGUGAUGAUGUAGAUGCUACAACUUUUAAACAACUGGUUGGCUCAUUGAGAUAUCUCUGCAACACGAGACCUAACAUCUGUUAUUCAGUUGGAAUGGUGAGUAUGUUUAUGAGUAAAUCAAAGUGGUCACAUUACCAAACUGCUGUCAAGAUUCUGAGGUAUAUUAAGGGGACUUCGAGGUAUGGAGUGUUAUUCCCUUCUGGUGUUAAGUCUGAAGCAGAACUAAUGUGUUAUUCAGAUUUUGAUUGGUGUGGAGACAGAGCUAACAUAAGAAGUACUUCUGGAUAUUUCUUCAAGUAUCUGGGAGGUUCUAUUUCUUGGUGUUCCAAGAAGCAACCAAUUGUUGCUUUGUCAACAUGUGAAGUUGAGUACAUUGCAGGUGCUUUGUCUGCGUGUCAAGCUAUUUAG